CAUCACGUGACGAUGAUGCAGUGUACACGUGACAAGGACGUCACUUGGAUACGCCCAUACACCACGUGUAUAACGUGAAGAUGACGGCGUGCGGAACGUGCCAAUGAUGUCACUGGGGUACGAAUAGCCACUAGGAACUAAUGGCUACCAUCGCAGCAAUGUUUGAGGAAGGAAGUGAACCAGAUGCACACAGCUAUGAUAUUCUUCAAAGCCAAGAACUUUUUAGUGAUUCGGAUUGUAAUUUAUUAACGAAGGAUGCCAGUAAGCCAAACAAAAGUCCAACUAACAGUCAUCAUGGCCGUCUGCUGGACAGCUGUUCUGAAUCCAGUAGUAGCCUAUUCCAGACUGAAAUUACCUGCACACCUUCAAGAACCAGGAGACGACAAACUGCAAAUAGACCCAAACCCUUGUCACCACUGUCAUCUUUAUCUGACUCCUCAGACUUUGAACCAUUACCAAAGAAUGUCCCUUUGGAAAAGAUCUUUGAGCGGUUCAGGAAAAUGAAAAAAAAACAUAAGAGAAAAAGACAGAAAAAGAAGUACAGAAAGCAUUUAAUUACAGAAAAGAAACCCAAGAAACCUCCAACAAAAAAGCUCACUAUUCCUUUGCAAGAAAAGUAUCGCCGACUUAAAGAAAGAACAGUUGAGUUCCCUUUUACUGGCCAAAAAUAUUUGCAUUUUAAACGGUAUCUUCCUUAUGAGCAAUCUGUUUUUGGUGGAUUUCUGAGCCAUAUUGAAAAGCUUAAGUGUGAUCGACAUCUGCAAAAUUCAUUACAGGGCAUGGAUUUAGGGGAAGAUUUAGAGAAUGAAAGUUUAGAAAUGCAUAAAUAUGGGUACCUGGAUGAUGCUGGACCGAUUUCACCUAUCGCUGAGCACGAUGCGAAUACUACCAGUAAUGAAGGUCUGUGUAAUUAUGAUGCAAAAAUUGUGGAAAAUGACUCAUUUAUAUUAAAAUACAGUGUGCCAAGCAAGGGAAAAUGGUGUGUUAAAAGGAAGAAGAAAAUUAAUACAUUGAAUUCUGAACCAAACAACCUUAAUUUCCAGGAAGAUGGACAAGUCUGAGUCAGACAAAUGAAAACCAUGUUUUCCAGGGUUUUGAGAGAGCACAUUCAAGGCCCAUGGCCUCUUCAUAAAAAAUUGUUUUGAAGCAAAACAAAUUGUACAGAUUGCAAAGUAAUAUAUUUUUAUACUACAUUAAUCAUUCAAAUAAAGUUUAGGAAUAUUUUUUGUUGUAUCAUUUUUGGAUUCAGCAGAAUA